UGGUCAUCCAGGCAGCCGUUAGCGUUGGGUUGUGGGAGCCAGGCCCAGCCAGCCGUGCCGCUCGCCGGAGCUAUAAAACGCGGCCGCGGGGCAGCGCCUCUCCUCGCACCGCACACAACCAUUGCAUCCCCUACCUCUCGAGCUCUUCACACUCUCAAGAUGUCGUGGUUCGGGCACCACCACCACCAGCCGGCUCCCGCGGCGUCGGGCCCCAACCAGGUGUUCAAGAUCUUCUGCCGCGCCAACGACAACUACUGCCUCGCCGUCCGCGACGGCGCCGUCGUGCUCGCCCCGGCCAACCCCAAGGACAUCCACCAGCACUGGUACAAGGACAUGCGCUUCAGCACCAGGGUCAAGGACGAGGAGGGCAUGCCGGCCUUCGCGCUCGUCAACAAGGCCACCGGGCUCGCCAUCAAGCACUCGCUGGGCCAGUCCCACCCGGUGAAGCUGGUGCCCUUCAACCCCGAGGAGGAGGACGCGUCGGUGCUGUGGACGGAGAGCAAGGACGUCGGCAAGGGCUUCCGCUGCAUCCGCAUGGUGAACAACACCCGCCUCGGCUUCGACGCUUUCCACGGCGACAAGGACCACGGCGGCGUGCACGACGGCACCACCGUCGUGCUCUGGGAGUGGUGCAAGGGCGAGAACCAGAGCUGGAAGAUCCUGCCCUGGGGCCCCGAGGCGGACUCCCCCGCGGCGGGGCCCGGCAACGCGUCCGUCGGCGGCGUCCCCGUGCACACCGUGCGCAUCUUCUGCAAGGCCGGCGAGGACUACAGCCUCACGGCGCGCAACGGCACCGCGUGCCUGGCGCCCACCAACCCCAGGGACGAGUACCAGCACUGGAUCAAGGACAUGAGGCACAGCAACCGGGUCCGGGACGAGGAGGGCUACCCGGCCUUCGCGCUCGUCAACAAGGUCACCGGCGAGGCCAUCAAGCACUCCACCGGCCAGGGCCACCCGGUCAAGCUGGUGCCCUACAACCCGGACUACCAGGACGAGUCCGUGCUCUGGACGGAGAGCCGCGACGUCGGCAGCGGCUUCCGCUGCCUGCGCAUGGUCAACAACAUCUACCUCAACUUCGACGCCUUCCACGGCGACAAGGCCCACGGCGGCGUCCACGACGGCACCGAGAUCGUGCUCUGGAAGUGGUGCGAGGGAGACAACCAGCGCUGGAAGAUCCUCCCAUGGUCACCAGCAGGUAACAUGGACGUGUACGGUGGUGAGCGCUACUAUGGCAGUUACGGCGGCGCCGGCGGCCUGGCCACGCCCGGGUACGCGCCGCCGGUUCCGUACGGCAUGUCGCAGGUGAACAUCGAGGGGCACGGGUGCGGGCGUCCGCUUCCGCCGCAGCCGACGGUGAAGGUGUACUGCCGCGCCAACCCCAACUACGCCCUGACGAUCCGCAACGGCAAGGUGGUGCUGGCGCCGGCGAACCCCAAGGACGACUACCAGCACUGGAUCAAGGACAUGCGGUGGAGCACGAGCGUCAAGGACGAGGAGGGGUACCCGGCCUUCGCGCUGGUGAACAAGGCCACCGGGGAGGCCAUCAAGCACUCGCUGGGGCAGUCCCACCCGGUGCGCCUGGUGCCCUACAACCCCGACUUCCUGGACGAGUCGGUGCUCUGGACGGAGAGCCGCGACGUCGGCAACGGCUUCCGCUGCGUCCGCAUGGUCAACAACAUCUACCUCAACUUGGACGCCCUCCACGGCGACAAGUGGCACGGCGGCGUCCGCGACGGCACCGAGAUCGUGCUCUGGAAGUGGUGCGAGGGAGACAACCAGCGCUGGAAGAUCCAGCCAUACUACUGAUGAUGAUCGAUCGACAAGCUACUUAAUUAGCAGACUCGAUCAGAUGAUCAGCAGCAGCAACACACAUGAUGCAUCGUCACGUACGACUACAUACGAACGAACUGCUGGAUCAGAUCUUAAUAAAAUGAAUAAAUAAAUUGAGCCUUGUCCUGCUGCCUGCAUGCAUAUAGAAUUACAGAUAGAUAAAGCAGGAGACAAGAGCUUAAUUACUUUACUUAUGGUCAUGUAUGCAUAUGGUUGCAGCUGUGUAUGUGUAAUAAUAAGUUGCAAUACUUACCUACAGUAUAUAAACAGUAUAUACAUA